AUGAGCCUUCUCAGGUCUAUCGUCAUAUCUUUGAGCGCAGCCAAGGCAUUUGCGGCCACUUCGACAGCAGAUGCCACGGCCAGCUCCAUAACUGGCUGCCAUACUCAUGGAUCAGACAUCUUCUGCUCCAAUAUCGAGGGACAUGAAGUGCUGGUUUCAGUGGCUGCAACACCCAUGAGCGGAACACCGGCGCAGUACACUGGCUGCCACUCACACGGAAACGCCUCAUAUUGCAUCGAUGAAGAUGGAAAUGAUGUUCUAGUUCAAGUGCAAGACAAUGAUGAUGAAGAGUCGCACGAUCACGAUCAUGCCCAAGAGGAGUCUGAAGAGUCCGAGUCGGGAGGAAAGGCUGAUUGCCAUUUCCAUGCUGGCGUAGAACACUGUGUCAGCGCAGGGGAGUCAAAGCACAGUAGCCACCAGUCUUGUGGCAUCCAAACAAGAGAUUAUAAUGUGCCGCUGAGAAUUGGAACACUCUUCGUGGUUCUCGUCACCAGUGCAAUUGGUGUUUUUGCCCCUAUCUUACUGUCUAAGCUUCCUUUUGCAGCCAUCAAUUGCGUGGUAUCAACGGUUAUCAAGCAGUUCGGUACGGGAAUCAUUAUCGCGACAGCAUUUGUUCAUCUAUACACACAUGCUUCUCUUAUGUUCACGAACGAAUGUUUGGGUGAGCUGGAUUACGAAGCAACUACCUCAGCAGUGGUCAUGGCUGGCAUAUUCCUAGCAUUCUUAUUCGAAUACAUCGGCCAUCGAUUUACCACGGCGAAAGCCAGGAGAGCAGUCAUGUCACCAUCGGAGCAUUCAAGCUCCCAGGAACCCGCUCGCAAAGAUGAUGUCCCAUCUCACCAGCAGUCUACACUGGCACAUCUUGGGCAUACCCACGGGUCGCCUCUCGACCCAACCGGGCCAACCACAAAAUUCUCGGUCCUUGUCAUGGAAGCUGGUAUACUUUUUCACAGCAUCCUAAUUGGCCUCACACUAGUUGUUGCAGGCGACUCUUUCUACAAAACUCUUCUAGUGGUCAUUGUUUUUCAUCAAUUUUUCGAAGGUCUUGCCCUCGGUGCUCGCAUCGCGAUGGUCCCUGGCGCAAUUUUCCCCUCGAAGGCUAUAAUGGCCGCAGUGUUUGCCCUCAUCACUCCUAUCGGGAUGGCUAUUGGAUUGGGCGUACUGCACUCUUUCAACGGUAACGAAAGAAGCACUCUAAUUGCGCUUGGUACACUAGAUGCCCUUUCUGCUGGUAUUCUUGUGUGGGUGGGCGUUGUCGAUAUGUGGGCUCGAGACUGGGUGAUCGAAGGUGGUGAAAUGCUCAAUGCACCUUUGCACAGAGUACUGACAGGAGGAUUGGCUUUUGUGAUUGGGCUCGUUCUGAUGGGGCUGCUUGGUAAAUGGGCUUGA